AGUCCUUCAUUGUGUCUUUCGCGCCAUCGAUUAUCUUUCGAUAAUGCUCACUAGAAUACAGUGCCCAGGCGUUUAAUAUGAAAAUCAUAUGUGCUGGUUUCUGGAAAACCGGCACAAAAAGUUUGGCGGAGGCUUUGACAAUACUUGGGUACAAAGUAUAUGACUAUGAUUAUCAACUGUUCGAAUUUCCUCAGCUGUGGAAUAAGUUAUUUGACGGGACAACUACUGACGAUGAAAUUCGCGAAGAAUUAAAGGAUGUUGACGCUAUCAUUGAUGGACCUGCAAUUGCAUUUUGGGAAGACAUAUCGAGUGCGGUUCCAGAAGCAAAGGUAAUCUUGACGACAAGAGAUGAAGAUAAAUGGUACAAUAGUUUACUCGGAAUGGUGAAUAAAACUCCAGCGAUUUUGAGAUAUUCCUACCCUUUAAUAUUCUUGACACCAACAGGAAGAAAAUUUCUUGGAACUGGUUUGCGAGUCUGGUUCUAUUGCUUUGGUGGCGGCAGUCCUAUGUUUAUGACGAAAAAUCCAGGACUACACAAGCGUAAAUUUCGUCAACACAACUGUUACGUUACUUCUUCCGUUCCAAAGGAAAAGCUUCUAGUUCUCAAUGUUGGAAGCGGGUGGGAACCAUUGUGCAAAUUCCUCGGAAAAGAUAUCCCAGAUAUUCCAUAUCCACACAAAAAUAAGGACGCCUCACAUCAUACAACUGAAGGAGGUCCUCAGCACCCUAAAAUCAAGCAAUUAAUGCUAGAGUUCAUGCUUGUAUUGGGUAUAUUUGUAAUACUCGUUUCUUACAUUUUUUACUUUCUAUAUAUUUACAUUUGCACAUGAAAAAGUUAAUUCAAGACUACCGGAAAAGCAUGACCGCCUGCACGCACAUAAAGAGAGCGGACGCAGGACGAGUUUACAUAGUUGGAGUUAAUGAAGUGUACUGGGCUCUUUCAGCAUUACGACCAGGGCUGGGAAGUUGUAUGGAAUCACAGCGACUCCAGCUCCAGCCACAAUGUACUCAAACUAUGGCUCUAGCUCCAGAGCUUUAUUUAUCCGUUUGCGCAAGGCUUCGGUUCCGGCUCCAUAGCCAUUGUAGUUUUUAACCACUAGCAUGGAAAAUCAGUCCGAAAUGCAAUCCGCAGAAGCUGGACUCAAAAGUGUGAUACAAGGGUUUUUCAUUUUAAAAUUAAUAUUAGAAAGAGCGAUGCUCAAAUAUAUGGACACGAAAAUCAAAGAGAAGAAGUAGUCGUCUAUCUUAUAUUUUACAGUACCGGUACCGCCAAAGAACUUCCGACAUUCGCGUCGCACGAGAGAAGCUGGAGAACCCUUACAAAUAAUUUGUAUUAAUUUUCAAGAGGUCAUCACACAUAAUUUUGAAGUGAAAAACGAAUUACAUAGAGCCCACAGAAAGUUUAGAAGUAAUAGCCUUCUAACGAAAAAUACAAUCUUUAACCACUGAAAAUUUCAAAGCAAUUGAUGCAUUAAGUCAAUUGACCCAUAGGUCUACUUUGCGUCCAAUAAGGAUAUUUUUUUCAUUGGUAUGAAGUAUUAGAAAAUGAUUAGAAUCUGGAGCUACUGAAUGUUCUGUCAUAUCCAGCUCCAUCUAAUAUGGCAAGCUUGGCUAUAGCUUCACCAAAAUAUCACGCAUCCAUGGCUCCAGGCUCUGGCUUCCCAGCCCUGAUUACUAACUAGGGCUGGGAAUUUCAGGUAAAACACGCUCAUCGUUGACCGGUUAACCGCAGCGUGACGUUUGAGGUGAUAAUUUUAGCUGAUACGUCACAGUGGUUAGAAAGCAAUUUCGCGUGAUCUCAUCCCGGCAUCUCUCACAAAUUUAAAUAGUUUCGUGUUCGCUCUUAAUUAAUCAUAAACUUCAAUCAUAAGAAAAUUACAGCUUAUCUAGAAUUAACGUGGAGAGUCACGUGGGACUAUUGGAUGGUGCUGUAUUUCAAUGUAUCCAAACGUGUAGGACAGGGUGGUCGAAACCCAGGCUCGGGGGCCACAUGUGGCCCGCUGUAUCAUUAUCUGUUAUCCAAUUCCACACAAUUGAUGCUUCAUUUACUCAAAAAUACAUUUUCAUGUCAAAUUUGACCAAUACCACACUUGCUAUCCGACAUUUUAUUUAGCUUUA